AUGCGAUUCAAUGCAGCUUUUGCCUUCGUGGCCUUGCAGCCUGUCUAUGCUGCAAAGAUAGCCUCCUUCCGAAGAUCCGACCCAGGAACACAUGGAACUCUUGUAGUGAAACUCAAAGCAGAAAACUUUGUGAAUUCAUCAACCAUCUUCGGAGAAUUGGGUGGCAUCAAAUUAAUCGACCACUAUGGGGUGUGCAUCAAUUGCGCCGAUGGAGCGGUGUGCACAGCGCCGAACACGCCAGACUACAAGGUAGUCGAUCCGCAAAAGGCUUGCAAUACUGCACCAGCCGCAGGUGAUAAAUGGAGUUGGCGUGUCAACAAGGCGAGCCCAUAUGAUAUCAAACUAGAGUAUCCGCUAAAGAGCUUGAAGCAUGAGAUGCACUUUAAGAUUGAAGUCAUUUCUGCGGUGGAUCAAUCAGGUACCAACUCACCAGAGCAAAUGGGCCGGCAAGCUACGUCUUGGGUGGCAGAGGCAGUACUGGGAACAAAAACACAUCGUGCGUGGCUGAAGACAGCAAUGAACCUCAACGGCCACUUCAGCAAGGCUGUGACUGGAAAUCUCACCAUGGACUUGCCAAAGAUCGCAGAGGACUUUUUCGAUGAAGUCAGAGUCUCAGUGACAGCUCUAGCAUGUUGCCCAUCGCAUGGUUUAUACUUGACCUUAUUUGAGUCUCCUUUUCCAAGGUUUGUGUGCAACCAAUCACGACCCAGGGAUAUGAGGUGA